AUGUCUUCCACCCCCUCGCCGGGCUUCCUGAGCGCAAAGCUGACCCUCGACAUGAGCUUCAACCGCACCCCGUCCCUCGCCCACCACGCAGACAUCGACCCCGGCCUGGAGAGCGUCCUCGACGGCUGGCGCUUCCCGCUCCGCACCGACUUCGCCAGGGGCAUCAUCUGGGGCCCCUUCCGCCACACCCGCGGCAACUCCUACCACGACGGCCCUGACCCUGCUCUCGACCGCUCGAGGUCCUACCACGAGCAUUCGAUGGCUCCCGCAAGGGCCCAGCCCGCCGGCCGCCCCCGGCUGCUCCACCAGGCCGCCAAGGCCCUCCAGGCCCGCUCCAAGCCCACCCGCCCGCCCCAGCUCUUCACCCUCAACAUCGCCCCCCUCGGCCCCCAUCGCCGCAUCAGACUCUGCCCCUCCUCCCAGCUCAAGUACGGCGGCCAUCUCUGA